AUGUCGAAAGCCUUCAUCGGAAAACCAGCCCCAGACUUCAAGGCUCAAGCCGUCGUCGAUGGAGAGUUCGUUGACAUCAAGCUCUCGGACUACAAGGGAAAAUAUGUUGUUCUUUUCUUCUAUCCACUCGACUUUACAUUUGUCUGCCCAACUGAGAUCAUCGCUUUCUCUGAUCGCGUGAAGGAGUUCAAGGCUAUCAACACUGUUGUUCUUGCUUGUUCGACCGACUCGGUCUUCUCUCACUUGGCCUGGAUCAACCAGCCACGCAAGCACGGAGGUCUCGGCGAGAUGGAGAUUCCAGUCAUCGCCGACACCAACCAUCAAAUCUCGCGCGACUACGGUGUCCUCAAGGAGGAAGAUGGAAUCGCGUUCCGCGGACUUUUCAUCAUCGAUCCGGAGCAGAACUUGCGUCAGAUCACCAUCAACGAUUUGCCAGUCGGUCGCUCGGUCGAUGAGACUCUUCGUCUCGUCCAGGCGUUCCAAUUCGUCGAGAAGCACGGUGAAGUGUGCCCAGCCGGAUGGACUCCAGGAAGCGACACUAUCAAACCAGGAGUCAAGGAGAGCAAGGAUUACUUCAACAAGAAAAACUAA